AUGCAUCCCAAGAUUGGAACCAAGAGAGGGUGUUUUCCUGCUGAUCCGGAUGAUAGUGAACAUCAAAGCGACGAAAGCACUGUCAGCAACUUUACUUCGGCAAAACAGUAUCAAAUACUCGCCUCUCACGUCCGUCUUCAAAAUUUCAGGACGAAACUUACAUGCUCAGAAUCCUGGGCUCAACUGCCAGAGAUACCAACGAGUGAAGAAAUCCUAUGCUCGGACGUCAAUCCUGAAGAUUGGGAUGAUUACCAGCAUGAUAUUCCAUAUGAUAUCAAUCUUCCGUAUAAUGUUGUUGAAGGCCCUUGGUCUUCAAAGUUAGAAUACGUAUCAGCGCAUUAUAAGAUAUUGCGAGAAAACGCUAUCGGGCCUCUACGUCAUGCAGUUCAAAUUUUCAGACGAGACCCAGGUAUGAUGGAAGAUGAAAUCAUGUACAUAUAUUCUGAGGUUACUAUUAUCGGAUGGAAACUUUGUAACCCUGGUCCAGCAUGUAGAGUCCAGUUUUCCAAUUAUCGGUCUGGAAAACAAAUAAGGUGGCAGCAAUCAAAAAGAUUGCUACAAGGCUCUUUGGUUGCUUUGAGCUCUUCAAAGGACUUAUUUCAGAAGAAAUGCAAGCUUGCUGUGGUCGUAGGACGCAGUAAUUCAGGUGGACUCGAUCAGAAUCCGCCUAGCAUUGAGCUUUUUUUUGGAGAUCAUGAUGAUGUUGAGCUUGAUCCACACGAGGGAUAUGUGAUGAUUGAAGCUUGCACUGGGUAUUUUGAGGCAUCUCGUUAUUUACUAGUUGCCCUGCAAGAUUUGAUGAGUGAAAAGUCUCCGCUUGAUCAGUACUUGACCGUGUUUGAUAAGUCAGUUAAGGCUCCAGAAUAUCUGGAUAAUCAUCCAGUAAUGAAUUUCUCAUGCCUUCUUGACUCUGAUGGGGAUUUAUCCCAAAAAAAAGACGACCAAACACUUACAAGUAAAAGCCUGGAUUUUGAUGUUAUCAGAAAAUUUCCUUGGAAUUUUGAUUUCGGGCUAGACCAUUCUCAAAUGAAAGCCAUGCACACCAUCAUCACCAAGUGUCUUGCCGUAGUUCAAGGUCCUCCAGGAACAGGUAAAACUCAUGUCUCAGUCUCAUCACUAAAGCUGCUUUCCGGUAAUCUAGGGCCCAGAGAUCCACCGAUCAUUGUAGCUGCUCAAACAAAUCAUGCGCUUGAUCAGCUUCUAAAUCAUAUAUUAAAAUUUGAAGAUAAUAUCCUAAGGCUGGGCGGAAGAUCAGCCCGUGUGAAUACUAAAAUCCGGACACGUACGCUUUUUGAAUUACGGAACUCGAUCAGUGGCGAAGGGAAAAAGCAUGGGAUUAAUCAUAUGAGAGAAAUGAAGGCUUUACAAAAUAAGCUUAUUAACAUCCUAGAGCCACUAUUGACAGAUAAGCUUUUGACAUCUGAACAACUCUUGAAGCAAAAUAUUAUCACGGAAAAGCAAGCUAGUUCCCUUUCAACACUUGAUUGGGCUGAAAAUGAGACAAUAGAUGGAGUUGCCACGUGGCUUGGAGAUGAUCAAAUAAUUCCUAUAAGAAAAACUCCUCUAAUAAACGAAGAUCUUCCAUUGGAAGAUGACCUUAACGAUAAUAUUUUUAAAGACGCGAAUAUCGAUAAAGUCCUAAAUUUCGAUGAACCCAUUGAGAUCGAAGACAAUGAACUUUUCGGGAGAUUUUUACAGUAUCGAAGGAAAUACACUGGCAACCAUUCGGGCCCGAUAGAUUCAAAAAAAUGGAGGAAGCGUAUGAACAAAAUUAAGGAUCUCUAUGAAAUUCAUAAGAGUGAACGUGGUAUGGCUUAUCGUUAUUUUGAACUUGAGCUCGAUGCCAAAAUGCGUAAAAUGGCUCGAUCUACAUUAGCAGAAUACAAAGAGCUCACAAAAAAAAUAAAAAUUUCUAAGUCUCUAGAGAGUUUGAAACUUAUUAAGAAACUCGGGAUAAAGAUUAUAGGUUGUACUACGACUGGACUUUCUAAAUAUCGAGCUCUUCUGUCAGCUCUACAACCACGUAUAUUAUUAAUUGAAGAAGCAGCUGAAACAUUAGAGGGAAAGGUGCUAGCAGGAAUUCCUGAAGGUAUUGAGCAACUUAUUUUGGUCGGGGAUCACCAACAACUACAAGCUUCCUGCACCGUCCGUCAACUGCAAGAGGCACCUUUUUACAUGAAAAUUUCCAUGUUUGAGCGUCUAAUAACAAAUAAUUUUCCCUACACAAUGCUUAAUAGGCAACGGAGAAUGAUAUACGAUGUCCGGAAAUUGCUUUGUAUUGAGCCAACACCAUUUUAUAGUAAUCUUGAAGAUGAUAAAAUUGUCUUAGAUCGAGUUGAAGCACGACCACCAGUACCUGGUAUGGGAGGCAAUGAUACCUAUUUCUUUCACCAUACUUGGCCAGAGGCUCAGAACUCAGACAAAAGCUGCUAUAACAACGAAGAAGCAGAAAUAGUUGUUGGCUUUUUUCAGUAUUUAUUUCUCAACGGCCUUGAUGUAUCAAACAUAACUAUACUUACUUACUACAAUGGGCAGAGAAAGCUCAUUCUAAACCUUUUAAGGCGAAUUCCAAGCUUGCUUGACAUCGAACACUUUAAUGUUUUCACCGUGGAUAGUUAUCAAGGCGAAGAGAAUGAUGUAAUCAUACUCUCUCUGGUUCGGAGUAAUGUUAAACAUAGCAUAGGGUUCCUUAGUGAAAAAAACAGGAUGGUCGUUGCGUUAUCUAGGGCUAAACGUGGUCUUUAUAUUUUUGGUAAUGCUAUCACACUCACUACCAACGAGUGGGACGAUAUAGAUAUUUGCCGAAAACCGUUAUGGCUCCCAGUCAUCAAAUAUUUAGGAUCCCAAAAUCGGUUUGAUAUGGAUAAAGGACUUCCAGUCAUCUGUGACCGACACAAAGUGAUCACGAUGAUAGGAAAAGCUUCAGACUUCAGCGAAUUGGCCGGGGGAUGUUCUAUGAAAUGUGAUAGGGGACCUCUUCCAUGCCACCACUCUUGUCCGUUAACUUGUCACCCUUUCGAACACGGUGCAUUUUUAAAAUGUCAAGAACCCUGCUCUACAAUUUUGGGUUGCGGACAUAAAUGUUCCGGCGUAUGCAGUAAUGUCUGCUUUUGUGAUGAAUGUAAUCCGAAAGAUGAUGGACUACAAAUAAUUGGUAAUACCGAUCCACUAGAGAACAAUGCAGGUGACUCGGUCAAUAAAAUAACUGAUGUAAGAAGAGAAACUAUUCUCAACAUGAGCGAAAAUCUUGUUGGAUUACAAGGCUCCGAUAGGGCUUGCUUUGACAUUACAAAAUCUGGCGACUCUGACUUACCAGGCAAAAAUAUAAACAAGUCUUCGAAGGAUGCUCAUGAUGCAUGGACAAAUUGGCGUCCAAAAAACGAUAAAAGUAGGCCUCAAAGUAAAGGUCCUCAGGGUCAAGUGCCUAAAUUUAAUGGCACAUCCACCCUAAUUGAAGAUAUACAUAAACCUAUCAGUGUCCAAGACGGCGUACGAAAGGUAAAAUCAACAUCGAGAAGAGUUAUCGAGAUCCCCAAUGCAAAUGAUCUAUCGUUACCGAGGGGAUUACUUUCAACUCAAAACAUUGAUACCGAGAGUCAGGGUUGUCAAAGUAUUGAAGAUUCCAAUGACAUUUUCGACAACCUUCUGACUAAUUUCGAUUACCAUGAGAAUAUUUAUGACGAUACUCUAACAACUUCGAAUAAUGCUCUGGAUGUGCUAGAGUCUGGAUUUUCAAUCCUCGAUCUAGAGUGA